AUGGCGUCCAACGCAGGUGUUAAUGUCCUCCGGUACUCGGCCCUUGGCCUCGGUGUCUUGUACGGCUUCUACCAUCAGCGCACAAUCAACUCCUCAGACAAGGCGGCCGCCGCGAAGCGGGCAUACGAGCACAAGCAGAGCCUGAUCAACCAAGCCAAGGCGGAGUACACCAAGCUCCGCUCCCCGUCACCCGCAGCAUCGGCGACGUCCAGCGGUCUGAACCAAGACCCGAUGGACCCCAAGUUCGACCUCGAGGCCUACUUCGAGGCUCUGAUGAAGGAGAAGCCAUAA